AUGGACGAUCGCGUCACGAAAAAUCGUGCGCCCAGGGCAUGCUUGCAUUGUCGCAGCCGCAAGGUGCGCUGUGACGUGGUUACUGGUGGUUCUCCCUGCACAAACUGCCGACUAGACAGUUUGACAUGCAAGGUCGUCGACGCAAAUCGCCCCAGAAAAACAGCUUCACUGGUCAUCGAUUCAUAUCGCCCGCGAGAUGGAUCCCUUGAAGAUUGCCGUGCUUCCAACACACCUACUGUCCUGGGUGAUCAGUUCCCCCUCUCUUUGACCUUUGACGCUCAGAGCGCUCCAAUCGAUUCUUCCCAAGCUUCAACGAAUAAACGUUCGCAACACCUCCCAGUCUACAUCAAACCACUAGCAACGCAUAUCCUUGCCGACGACAUAGAUUACCUUGCAAAGAAAGAUGCGUUGAGCAUUCCCGACGACGACCUUCGCAACGAACUUUUAAGACAAUAUAUCAAAUUGGUACAUCCGUCCAUGCCUAUUCUGGAUGUGAGCCAGUUUGUCACCCCCAUAAUCAAGGCUGACGGCAGUAACCCGGUCAGUCUUCUUCUAUUCCAGGCUGUCAUGUUUGUUAGCAGUAGCUUUGUUGAUAUCGAUAUCCUCUGUUGCCGAGGCUACACUAGCAGGAAAUCGGCACGAAAACGCUUUUUCAACCGAGUUCGCUUACUGUAUGGCUUGGACUGCGAACCUGAUCGCCUUGCAUUGCUUCAAUCCCUAUUACUCAUGACCUUCUGGUAUGACGCGCCAGAGGAUGAAAAAGACACUUGGCACUGGAUGGGGGUUAGUCUCUCUCUGGCACAGGUGAUGGGCAUCCAUCGCAAUCCCGAGAAUCUCAAGAUCUCACCAACGGCCAAACGCCUUAGGAUUCGGCUUUGGUGGUCGUGUUUCAUGCGCGACAGGUUGCUUGCUCUGGGGAUCAGACGGCCAGCGAGAAUCCACCCGAAUGAAUUCAAUGUCCCUAUGCUCACCCUCGAUGACUUCGAUACGGGACCUAUGUCAGAUGAGGUCAGAACGUUGCUUGGCGGGCCCACAUUACCGCAAAACACUGAUCAGGAACGGAAUCUGCCGCUCACUUGUAUUGAACUGGCCAAGCUGUGUAUCUGCAUCGGCCACAUUCUCCUCUCGCAGUACUCAGUAGUUGAGAAUGACCCCGUCAGCUCGAAAUACUCUACUUCGGUAAUGGUGUUUCCCAGAAAGACUGAAGAGCAGGGUAAUGAACUUGAAAGGUGCGAUGAAGAGCUCAGUGAGUGGUACGGAGGCCUGAAUCCGUGCAGUCGCUACACGCCUAAUGUUUCAGGCUCUGUACAAAAGGAAGAAGAGGCAGAUCAGAUCAUUCGGCUACAUCAAUCAUCCCUGCAUAUGAUUUACUUAACCGCACUGGGUAUCUUGCACAGACCACAGAUUGUGCGCGCUUCUUCGAAUGCGGCCGCUGGUGAUAACACCAGGAAAUUAUCAAGACAGAAGGUCACGGAUGCAGCAAUCCAAAUCACGCAGCUGGCUUACGACAUGCAGCUCCAAAAUCAGCUCCGAUAUCUAUCAACCAGCAGCAUCCCCGCAUUCGUCUCUGCAGCGCUGAUUCACCUCUUUGAAAUUCGGUCGACCCAGGAAGACGUGCGCAACGUGAGCAUUGGCCGUUUCUUUCAAUGCGCGCAUGUACUGCACCAACUGCAGGACAUGUACGCCUCAGCCGACUAUGCCGUACAUUUCCUCGAGUCCGUGGUUCAAAGAACAGGCAUCCAAGUGCCCGUGCUCAGUCUCAAGUAUUUACCAAGUAGCCGAGGGCCUGGAAAACCUAAUACAAGCGCAACUUGCGCUUUGACCACGUUGCACGCCACUUCUUCGAGCCCUGCCGACCCGACACAGAAGCGUUAUUCCACCCCUUCGAGUUUCGACAACCAAUCAGCACUGCUGGGUUCGAUGCCAAUAUCAUCACACGGGUCUGGAACAUCACUCCUUGCUAAGGAUCCUGCCACUCAGGCAAUGCAGCCACCAGCCCUUCUCCCCCUGCGUGAAAUGGAGGAUUUGAAUCCAAGCAGCCAGGACCAGAAUGGCAUGGUCUUGCAGGAGGGUCAUACUCAAUCUAGCAUACAACCGAAUAAUGGCGAUGAUCUUGACAGCUUACUUUGCAACUUCAUCAAUUUUGAAAGCGAUCCAGGUUUUUGCAUGUCGCCGAUUUAUAAUUCGAAUGAUUAG